UCCAGGAAAGAUUAAUUUUGAGCCUUUUGGUCUUGCACAAAGAAACGAAAGGGGAAAACGUCAAACCCUAGAAUUUGUGCGAGCGAAAUUAAACCUUCUUUUUUAGGCGAAGAAUAAUGAGUGAAAGACAAGAGCUUCAGCUGGAUCCGCAGAUUCAAUCGCCUCAGGGUUCAUCGAAAGAUGACAUGGUUUCGUGGGUGGUUGCGUUGGAGACUGCUUUGCUGCCAUGCUUGCCCGCCAGGGAGCUUCAAGCUAUUGACCGUUCUCCCCACCCUUCUCAUCAGAUUGAUGUGGAGAGGCAUGCCAGAGAUUUCAUGGAGGCUGCCAAGAAGCUUCAGUUAUACUUCCUUGGCCUGCAACGUGAGGAUCAGCCAACUAAGGCUGAAAUGCUCAGAAAAGAGAUUGCAACAAUGGAAGAAGAAUUGAGAAUGAAGUCAGAGAUCAUCAAGAAUCAGGAAAGAUUGAUCCAAGGAUGGAAGAAGGAUUUGAGUGAUCAACUGGUUAAACACAAUACUGAACUGGAGAGAGUGUAGCUGAUUAAGAUUAAGCAUUAAUGAUAUGCUAAUCUCUUGGGUUAUAAUUUGUUUGAGAUUGGUCCAACCUAGGGUAUAGCUUUACUACCAGUUGUGUUACAUCAGCUGCUUGU